ACGGCUGUGUUGUUGGUCGUGAAAAUGCAGAAAUGUCUGAUUGAAAUAUUUCAUUCUUGAGCUCGAUCUUGGGGUUGCUUUGCCCGGUUUUACCUUCAUGCUCUUUCGACGGGUGGAAUAAUGCAUUUACCGAGCAGGACGAGCUCUGUGUGGAUAUAUCUCUUGGUCGUGCUGCUGGAUUGUUACUGGGAAGCGGUGUCUGGGCAGCUCUCUUACUCCGUCUCAGAGGAGGUGAAUCUGGGGACUGUUGUUGGAAACAUCGCUACAGAUCUGAGCAUCAAUGUCCAGGAUUUGGAGUCCCGCAUGUUUCAGAUCGUUGCUGGAUCAAAGAGAAAAUAUUUCGAGGUAAACCUGAAGACUGGUGUCCUGUACGUUAAUGAGAGAAUAGAUCGAGAGGAGCUCUGCGGAGAUGAGCACAAAUGUUCGCUCAGUGUAGAAGCAGUUAUCAAUAACCCACUGAAACUGUACCGGAUUGAAAUUAUAAUCCAAGAUGUGAAUGAUAAUUCCCCUUCAUUUCUAAGCACGUCACAGGUAAUCAACGUUAGUGAAAGCACCGCAGCAGGGGCAAAAUUUCCAUUGAAAAGAGCUCACGAUGCAGAUGUCGGUAAAAAUACUGUAAACACCUACAAACUCAGUCAGAAUGAACAUUUCUCUCUUGCUACACAUAAAGGAGAAAGUGUAACUGUCGAACUGCUGCUUCAGAAAGUUUUAGACAGAGAAAAACACCCUGUGAUACGUCUCAUACUGACCGCAAUUGACGGAGGAACUCCUGCUAAAUCAGGCACUAUGGAGAUUACAGUUAAUGUCUUGGACAGUAAUGAUAACGCUCCCGUAUUCAGUCAAACACUGUACAAAGCCAGUGUCCAUGAAAAUAUAAAGAUAGGCACAUCGAUUAUAACACUUAAUGCUACUGAUUUGGACGUUGGUCAAAAUGGACAAAUAUCAUUUUCUUUUAGUGAAAUAGAUCAGAGGAAACAAACUGAUCUGUUUGCUAUAGAUGAAAAAACUGGGACUGUAACAAAUAAAAAAAACAUCGACUUUGAAGAAAAUAAUGCUUUUGAGAUCAGAGUACAAGCCAGUGAUGGAGGUUCUCCUCCUCUCACCUCACACUCCAAAUUAUUGAUUGAAGUUUUAGACGUCAAUGACAAUGCCCCUGAAAUUUCAGUGACGUCAUUACUGACUGCGGUUAAAGAAGAUGCGUCCAUUGGCACCGCCAUUGCACUUGUUUCAGUGCUUGAUAAAGACGGAGGUAAAAACGGGAUAGUGAACUGUAAAAUUUCCAACAACGUCCCUUUUAAAUUAGAGUCAAAUUAUAAGAAUUACUAUUCGUUGGUGGUGGACGGUCCUCUAGACAGAGAGAGCGCGUCUCAAUACAACAUCAGCAUCACUGCUACUGAUGAGGGCAGCCCCCCACUGUCCAGCACGAGCGUCAUUAAUGUACACGUGUCUGAUGUGAAUGAUAACGCACCUCUGUUCACAGAAAACAUAAUCAAUGUAUAUGUGAAGGAAAACAGUCCAGUGGGAGCAAUUAUUAAAACUGUGACAGCAACUGAUGCUGACGUUGACCAGAACAGUCAGGUGAGAUAUUCAUUUUUACAAAGUAACACGAACACAUUACCGUUUUCUACAAUGAUAAACAUCAACUCAGAGACUGGAGAUAUAGUCAGUCUGCAGUCUUUUAACUUUGAGGAGUUAAACACGUUUCAGUUUAAAGUUCAGGCCACAGACUCUGGUGUUCCUCCGCUCAGCAGCAACGUGACUGUGAACGUUUUAAUACUCGAUGAAAAUGACAAUAAUCCAACAAUUCUCGCGCCCUAUUCUGAGCACGGCUCCGUUAACAGUGAGAGCAUCCCCUAUUCUGCUGAAGCGGGAUACUUUGUGGCAAAGAUCAGGGCUGUAGACGCAGACUCUGGAUACAAUGCGCUGCUGUCUUAUCACCUGUCAGAGCCCAAAGGAAACAACCUCUUCCGGAUCGGAACCAGCACCGGAGAGAUCAGGACUAAGAGGAGAAUGAGUGACAAUGACCUGAAAACUCACCCCUUGGUGGUGUUGGUCUCUGAUAACGGAGAACCCUCCCUGUCAGCUACUGUGACUAUCGAUGUGGUGGUGGUCGAAAGCACGGCUGACAUCCAGACUCAGUUCAGACAUGUGCCCAUAAAGGAGGAGAGCUUCUCUGAUUUGAACCUGUAUCUGCUGAUCGCCAUCGUGUCGGUGUCGGUCAUCUUUCUGCUCAGUCUCAUCAGUUUAAUAGCUGUCAAAUGCCACAGGACAGACGGCAGUUUCAGCAGGUACGGAGCCCCCAUGAUCACCACCCACCCUGACGGGAGCUGGUCUUACUCCAAAUCUACUCAGCAGUAUGACGUGUGUUUCAGCUCAGACACGCUCAAGAGUGACGUAGUAGUUUUCCCUGCACCGUUUCCGCCUGUAGAUGCGGAACUGAUCAGUAUAAACAGCGGAGACACUUUUACAAGAACUCAGACUUUACCCAACAAAGAGAAGGUAAGAACAUACGCACUGAGUGCAUCUUAUUGUUGCCAUUCCUUUAUGGUUUGUAUCUGUAUGGUUGGUAUGAUUACUGACAGUAACAAUAUACUUGGUUCUUUGUUUGUACAAACAACACGCUUUCAGUUUGUGAUAAGUUGAUAUAGACCUGCUUUACAUGCACUGCUCUAAUCUUCCCAUUUUGGCUGCCAACUCUGCAUUUAAUGCGUGUGUCGCUGUCCGUGGUACUGAACGUGCGUUUCUGUAUCGGUUCUACCGGCAAUCCCCAUAACAAAUGGAUAUUAUACUGUAUCGGCAGGUCUAAGAAUAAGAACAUGUUUGAAUGGUCAUGGAUGUAAUAUAUUUGCAAGUGAAAUUAUAUAUUUAUUUUAAUGACAGAGUGUGAAAACAAGUGACUUGUUUCCUCACAGUG